UCAACUAGCAAGUAAAAGAAAAUUGUAAUUUUCAGGCAUUACUCUUAAAGAAAACAAAAUAGUGAAUCUACUCUUAAUUGUUUAAAUUUUGAAAAAGUUUAGAAAGUGUACUUUUCUAAGAAAAUUAAAUAUAAUAGAGUUACACACAUUAUACGGCUCGAGAUACUAUAUUCAUAUACAAGCGUCGUUGUAGCAAGGGUGCAAAGGCGCCAGCGCUAACAGCCGCAGUCAGUAUAAUAGCAUAAAAUAAACCCCAACAAAUAUUGAACAAUAUAUGGUUUGGAUUGUUUCUAAAGCGGCAAUUAAAUGAAGAAUGGCCACUACACAGCAAUACUCGCUACGUUGGAACAACUACUUUCGACAUUUAACAUAUGCUUUGGACAAUCACCGCAACAACGAUGAUUUUGUUGACGUGAGUUUGUGCUGUGAUGGAAGAAAAAUCAAAGCACAUAAAGUGGUGCUCUCCUCCUGCAGCUCUUAUUUUAAAGAAAUAUUCAGGGAUAAUCCACAUCCGCAUCCAGUGAUAAUUUUCAAAUUCAUUAAAUUCGAAGAUCUCACCUCAAUCAUUGAGUUUAUGUACCAGGGAGAAGUUAAUGUACAACAGGAAGCCCUGCAGUCAUUCCUGCAAACCGCCGAAUUGCUUGCAGUACAAGGUCUUACUGCUGAUGAGAAGGAGAAACCAAAAUUGCCUCCAACACCUAUCAUUGAUGAACAAAAACUUAUCAAAACCAUCCCCAGUACUAUAAGAGCGGUGAACGAUGUAACGACUGCAACACAGACUACACCGCAAACAAUCGAAAUUCCAACUGCGACAAUUUUGCAACAAUCGCAGUCUCAGCAGCAGCAACAUACCGCCACUCAGCAUCAUCAUGUACAAACACAAAUCCAGCACAUUCAGGUGCAGCAUCAACCACAGACUCAUGUGCAAACCGUUCAAGCAGUGCAAACUCAGGUGCAGCAGCAACAAACUUCAGCAACUCAUCAAUUGCAACAUCAUCAACAACAGCAACAACAAUUGCAACAAACACAUUUAGGUACGCUGCCUUCAACGAAUACGAUCAAGAAACGUAAAAUGACUUUCUCAGAUGAUGAUGAUAACAUUUAUACAACAGAGGGUGUCGAUUACGGAGUCAAGGAUGAUUCGACGAUUGUUAAAACGGCGGAGAUGACAUUCCUACGAAGCGCCGUCAAAAUGGAUAUACCCGAAUACAUCGUUAGUGAAGUGGAUGAUGGCGACCAGUUAGCUGACGGUAGUGCGCAGCAUACAUCGCAGGACGGUGGCACGACGGGCACACAAAAUGUUACACAAUAUACAUCAGAAUAUGAAAUUUUGACAGAAUCCGAAAUCGAGGAAAAAUUUCAGCAGGCCGAUGCAGAAAACGCUGAAAUAACAAUAGAAAUGGGCCGUCUUUUAAAUCCAACGACGAGUACACCAUCGAAUACAACACCGCAAACGUCGUUAGACGAAUCGGGCAAUAGUGUCACUAAUGCUGUGAUGAAAAUUGAUAAUAAAGGCGGCGGAACUGCAGAUUUACCAAAUAAUAAGUGGACAGAAUGUCAAUUUUGCAAAAUGGUCAUAACCACGGUUAAUCUUUGGAGACAUAUUCGUACGCAGCAUACACCACAACCGCCACGCAAAUGCGAGUUAUGCAACAAAAAUUUCAAAAACAAAUACAGCUUACGCGAACAUAUACGAAUUUCGCACGAACAAAAAAUCACAGUGAAGUCAGAAAACUGAUUGACAAUAUUUCAUUUGCGUCGCUAAAUUGUCACGCAGGAAAUGACUAUAUUAUUAAAAAACACUGAAAUAAAAGAAUGAAUGAAAUGAGACAGAGGAAAAGGAUGAAUUUUGAAAAAAAAAAAAUGCAUUGGAACAUGUGAAGAAAGCUCGUUGACGACAAACAAAAUGGCAACUAGAGAAAGAGUGAGAUAUGUAUUCAAGAAGAUGCGCAAUAAAAGAAUCGUUGUAAAGUUAAAACCGUUACAACCAGUGAGCAAAGUACAUAAAUACGUCCAAAUAAAAUGUGUAAAAAAAGAGUAAAAAUACAGUCUUUAGAAAAAUUUAACAGUCGCUAAGUAGUGGGAAUGAAGUUCGCUGAAGGCUUAUCCUAAAAAGUGCAAAAUAAAAUUAUUUUAAUAUUUUCCAAUAUUCGAUUAUUUAACUGAAUUGCAUUCAGCCAUCUUAGCCUCUCUUACAUGUUGGCUGACUGGAUUUGUUUUUCUUUUUAUUUUUGAAGUAUAAAGUAUUUGCAAUUUCCCAUGAGCCGUUAUCACGUUAAUAUUUAUUGAAAACAAUACGUUGUGAAUUUUGUAAGAAAUACUUGACUACUUGUUAAUAUCCAUCCGAUUCUUUCCCCUUAAGCAAUAUAAACAUUUUAAUUGUUGUAAAUAAAAAAAUGUCUAGAGGACACAAUUUUAGGGCAAUUUAUCAUUACUAAGCAUCAGUCGCUUUUAUUUCUGAUUCAUAAGUUAUGGUAAUGUGCAAUCCCAUUGGGACGGUAGUUUCUAACUAAGUUACGCAAAUUGGAUAUUUCCAGCGCCCUUUGCAAACUUCGAACUUUUAAUUAAAUCUAUGAAAUUUUAAUUAACCAAAAAACGAUAGCCGCAGUAUCGGACUUGUGAUCGAAUGAGAUAAAGGCCAAUGAAUUGUUUUAUUCAAUAUUAAAUAACUUCCGCAAGAAGUAGCGCUCAUCAUGAAAUGAAUUGAAAAUUCAGGGCAACCUCAACCGCCUAUAGAUUUAUCUGUCCCUUACAAGUGGCGUUUUUAGAACGUUUGCCAAUUUCCAUUUAAAAUUCUAUCUUUCAACAGAAAAGUUACUGGCUAUUUUUAUUUAUUAAUUCCAAAGGUGCGAAAUAAACUUGACAGCAUACUGAUUUUCGUAUAUUAGGUAAAUUAAUUAAAGUUGAAAUAUAUAUUAAAGGUCAUUCUUUAAGUUAAAAUGUACAAAUUUACAGCGUCUGCCAUUGUUUGGGCUUUCAAUUAUUUAUUCAAACUUUAACAGCGAUGCGAGCUAAACUGUAUUCUCCUCCGCUUAUCUAAAUAUUGAAUUAUGAAUGAUUUGCUUUUCACUCUACUUAGCUAUUCCAAAUCCGGAAAGAAUAAAUAAAAACAAGCAUUAUACGCUGUAAGGUAAAAGUAAGGAUGUAUAAAUUUGGUGAAUAUAAUGUUCCAACAAUUAGAUAUCAGCUGUAAAAAAUAUUUAUACACUUAAUAUUUAAAUAAAUUUCAAUAGAAUAUGAAUGUAGCAUAUACAAAAAUAAAAUAAGAAUGAUUAACAAGUGCAUACAUACAUAUGUACAAAUAGUAUAGACUUAAGUGCGGACGUGCAAAACCAGAAGAAACAUAUUUGAUAUAUUUAACUUGAAGUAUUUGCAAAAACAAUAUUUAUGUUUGUAAAUAUUUAUUUGUGGGUGAAUUUUUCAACCAACCCCAGAUACAUACAUACUCUGUAAGCAUAGAAGAAUUUUUGAUUAAUUUCGUAAGAUUAAUAUUAAUUCGCAAUUUGUACAAAUUAAUACAUAAACAUAAUGCAGUGCUGUUGAACAACUUGAGCAAAGCAGAAAGCGAACUCCAAAAUCAUAAUUGGCACGCAAAUGGCAUUAAGAAAAUCAUUGGAAAAUUUCACGAAAAAAAUAUCACAACUGCCUAUUCGAUUAAACGAACCAAAUUUCACCAGCGGAUAAUUAAAUGUAUUCAAUCAUUUACGGCAAAUUACAAAAAAAACAAAAAACAAUUUUUGUUGUUGACUGUAAAUCUUCAAAAAUAGAAAUGUUAUCAAAACCGUUUUACAUUUUUUAUAAAUGUUCAGAAACUUAUAGAAAUUUCCCACAUUUGAAGUAAAAAAAAUUUGUUUGAGCUAUAACGCUCACUUAUCCAGCGUGUAAAAUAUGUGGGUGUCUCCUCUAGCAUAAAUUCAAUACAAUUCAUAUAAAAUUUAACAGGCGCGGUUUUCAGACCCGUUCUGCAUUUUGAAAAAAAAAAAAAUGUUCUGAAUAGAAAUGAAUUCCGUCUAUUGCCUAUGAGAUGGCAUAAUGAAAUGCAUCGAUUCGAUCUAACUGGGAAUCGAAAAAUAAUACACAAACAGGAAGAUAAACUGUGUCGUUUUCAUUUCACGACCGAAUCGAUAUGCAGAACCGUUCUGAAUUUCUGCGAAAAUUAUUAUGAAUUUGAUGUCUCCGAAUUAAAAAAAGAAAUAAGAAAUAAUUUUGAGCUGUAAAAUUCAAGUUUAUUUUUAAUGUUUAGUUAUUUAUUUAUAUUAUCAUUUAGACUUCCCAUUAGUAUCAUUGAAAUAUUUUUUCUUCAAAUUCAAAUCUCGAUCAAUAAAUUGUAUUAAAAGUAGCAAUGGUAAUGAAAUUUUGUGUAAAAAUAGGAAUUAUUGACACGAAAAAUGAAAGAGUUAAUUAGGAGAUAAUUUAAUUACUUGAAAUGCGAACAAACGACUUAAUGAAACAAUUUUUUUAAAUCAUUGUAAUAUUAUAUGUAUGUAU